AUGGGCAACAAUCCGUCCAAAGGCCCUGCCGGAGAUGCCCAAUCGCCCUCGGCUUCCUCGGGCCUCGCGGGGGAAAAGAAAGUUGCUCGCCGGCCAUCGAUCCAUACAGCGUCGAGCGCAACCAAGGCCUCCGCAGCCGACCCCUCUGCCACCAGAGAGACCGCGACUGGCCACCCGACAUCUCAAACCCAGCCAUCAGUCCAGCAGCGUCUGCAAUCCCGCAAUGUCGCUGAAUUACCGACGCGCAGUGUAGAUCGACCCGACCGUCAGAUCCCCCGGAAACCAGAUGCUCGCUACAAAGAUAUCCCCGCGCCCGACCAGUCCAACCCCGUCCAAGUCCCAGGGUCUCGGGCAGCUGCUAAACGUGACCCUGUAGCACCAUCCGGCCCUCCUCCCAAUGCCUACUAUAGCGCUUCGGUCCACCUUCAGCGUCCACCGCGGAUGCCUCUGCCCAUCGGAGAUGCUACAGCCACCCCUGGCUCCCCGAUUAUUGGCCCGGAGGAUUCGUACAUGGGAUCCGUCCCUCCCGAUCACCUAUUAGAUGAGCCCAACGAUCCGAGACAUUCAAACUUGGGUGGUGCCCCGGUUGACGAUGAUGAGGCCUUGGAUGAACUUCAACCAUAUGCUCCCAGUGGUGUGGGAAGAGCUGUGCCAACACUGAUAGAGUGGACUGCGCCCGGAGACAAGGUCUACGUCACUGGAACGUUCGUCAACUGGGAAAAGAAGUUCCGCUUGCAUCGAAGCGAGAAUAAUCCUGGCGUCUUGUCCACUAAGCUAAAUCUCCGUCCGGGAACGCAUCAUUUGAAGUUCAUCGUCGAUGGUGAAAUGCGCGCAUCAGACAAUCUUCCGACGGCAGUCGACUUCACAAACCACCUGGUCAACUACAUUGAAAUCAGUGCCGAUGAUAUCAACCGGUCGCGGAGAGAAAGCGAUAGGAUACCUGACGGAAUUCGCCCCCCGCAGGUUCUCCCCGGUCCCGUUGGAGCCGACCAGGACGGGUCCACCGUAGAGGAGCAGUCAGACAAAGAAGAACCGGAGGAGAUCCCUCUGGGUGAUUUCCGUGGCAUUAUUCCCCAGUUUCUUCUGGACUUGGACCGCGAGGAAGAAGCCCCGGAAUACCAGCAAGCUGUGAAUAUCGUUGGGGAUGCACCUACACCGCCGAGCCUGCCACUAUUCCUCGGGAAAUCCAUCUUGAACGGCACUACUCCCAUGAAGGAUGACAGUAGCGUCCUUAACUACCCCAACCAUACCGUCCUAAACCAUCUAGCUACUAGCAGCAUCAAGAAUGGUGUGCUUGCCACUAGCGUAACGACUAGAUACAAACGAAAGUACGUGACGACGAUAUUGUAUAAGCCGACUGGAGAUAUCACGGAGUAG